AGACUCCGGGCUCAAGAAACCUCGCUUGGCCUGGCUGCGAUGUCCAUAUUCUGGCUGUGCCUACUGCUGAGCGAAGUGCUUCGCCUGGAUGCCGCGACGGAGAUUGAGGGAACUGCGGACGGAGCGGACGCGGACGGAGAGGCCGCGUCCUGCGUGUCCAUGAUGCAGAGACAAGCGCGGCCCGCUGGUCCAGGGCCCGCUGGUCGCGCAGCUUCGCUGGUAGAGAGACAGUCAACGGGUACAGGGCAACAACAAUUGGUCCCAUGGGAGGUGAACCGAUAUAUCAUGGCAAACUAUCACAAGGCAGGCGUGUUUCUGACGAAACAAAUGCUUUUCCUGAUCUUCAGCUCUAUAGGAGCCGGAUGGGAAGUGCAGGGCUUGGUGGAGUAUCCGUGCUACAAUAUUUGCAACAAGACCAACGCCCCCAUCCGGGAGUUCACCGACAACUUCAACAAAUCCUUGGCCGAACUGGAACGGAAGAAGUCCUCCAAGCGCUUGUUGAUCGCAGGCAUGGUGCGAGAUCCACUGGAAAUGGUGGCUUCUGCUUAUUGCUACCACCAUUCCGGGCAGGAGAGGGGCAACCAGUUGUUUCCCGUUUGGGACCUCAUGAAGAUGGGCCAUCGAGAGGGCACCCAGCUUUGUGCAGAAAGGCUGCUCCCACUGGUCGAAUGGAUGGCGGACACCUUCGCCCAGCCAGACCCGGAGACCCUGCGCAUCGACUACGAGACCAUCACCAGCUCGUCCGGUGCCUUCGAUGCCGAGGUCCUCAAGCUGCUGGAACACUACUUUGGUGCUGGCGAAGAGUUCAUCACUGCAGAGCAGCGGCAGAGGAUCCUUUGGAAUACACAGGUCUUGGACCUGAAUCGCUAUCCCAACAACAGCAACACCAUGGUCGAACGAGGAGGGAAGGAGCACAAGAGUAAUGAAGAGUGUGUGGCGACGGCGCGCUCUGCGGUCAUGCUCUUGGACGGCGGGCUUCUGAGGAAAUUCCAAGCGCUCCAGCAGAAGUUGGGCUAUAGAGUAUGGACCUGAGAUGAGGAGAUGAGUCCUUUAGCGAACCAUGCGAAGCCAUCCGCUGUCGACUGACAUGGUCAUCCGCUGUCGAUCUUGGGCCCCGGGUUGUGACCCCGCGCCGCUGUGCCGAAG